AUGAGUGGGGGAGGUGUAGCUGAAUCCUUCUUCUGCGGUGGCUUUGGAGGGAUAUGUUCAGUUUUUGUAUCGCACCCCACUGACACCGUUAAAGUCCGUUUACAAACCAUGCCCGUCCCCAAACCUGGAGAGCCACCUCUAUAUUCGGGAAUUUUGGAUUGUAUCAAAAAAUCUACCAAAAAUGAAGGUAUAUUCUUUUUGUACAAAGGCAUGACUACUCCACUACUAUCAGUAACUCCAAUGACUGCUGUGUGCUUUAUGGGUUACGCUCUAGGCAAUAAAAUAUUUGGACCUGCAGAUGGAAGUCCAUUGACUAAUUUUCAGAUAUAUGCUUCUGGAGUGUUUGCUGGACUCUGCACUGGUCCCGUCAUUACUCCAGGAGAUAGAAUAAAGAGCAUUUUACAAGUUCAAAAGGCACACAAAAGGCACAAAGGACCUUUAGACUGCGCUGUUCAACUUUAUAAGACGGGAGGGAUUCCAAGUAUCUUCAGAGGACUAACAAUCACGACAUUAAGAGAUGCAACUUCGACUGGAGUGUACUUUCUUAGUUACGAUCUGAUCCGACGACAAUUUCUGAAUAAACAAAAUACAGGAUGGGAUCUACUGGCAACUAUGUUCUCUGGAGGUGUUGCAGGUGCCACGGGCUAUAUAAUAGCUAUGCCUGCUGAUGUGAUAAAGAGUAAAAUACAAGCAUCCCUCGAUGACCAAUCUAGACAAGGUAUUAGACAAACUUUUAAAGAAGUUAUGGCUACAGAGGGAGUUGCUGGACUUUUCAAAGGGGGUACACUUAUUUUACUUAGGGCGUUUUUGACAUGCUCAGUGUGUUUCUUAUGCGUUACCAUUUGUAAAAACUCUUUAAAGGAUUAUAAAACGAGGCAAAAAAAUAAAACAUCAGAAGUGGUAGAACACUGA